AUGCCCGGGCUAUCCGCCGAGGAGCUGUUGAAGCGUGCCGAGAAGAAGGCGACGUCGUCUGGCGGCUGGUUCUCCUCGAAAAAAGGCAACAAAGAGGAGGCCAUUGAACUGUACAAGGAAGCUGCCAACAAGCUGCGCGCGGACACCCGCAUGGACGAGGCGGGCGUGGCACUCUUGAAGGCUGCGGAACUUGAGGUCGAGACGGACGAGAAGGACUUUGCUGCGAACACCUUCUUUGAUGCGAGCAAGUGCUUCCGCAUGAGCCGCCCUGACCAGGCUGUGAUGGCGAUUGGCCGCUGCUCCGACCUGCUUGUGCAGCGUGGUCGCUUCCGCCAGGCAGCGGACCGCCAAAAGUCCAUGGCCGAACUGUACCGCGAGGACCCGAACCGUCUUGACCAGGGCCUUGCCGCGUACGACCGCGCUGCGACAUGGUACCUACAGGAGGGGGCAACAGCCACGGCGUCUGCAUGUCAGCGCGAGGCAGCGCAGCUGGCGAUUCAGCUGCAGCAGUACCCCCGCGCCAUCGAGCUGUGGGAGGCUGUCGCUGCUGCGAGCCUGAACAGCAACCUGACCAAGUACAGUGUCAAGGAGUACUACCUUAAUGCAGGUCUGUGUUACCUGGCGAUCCCCGACCUGGGCGCUGCGACUCGCGCGAUGGCGUUCUAUGCGCAGCAGGACCCGUCAUUUCCCAGCACGACCGAGGCGCACGUUCGAUGCGCGUGUGCGUGA